GUGUCACUGUCAUCGUUAUCCUUGUGGUGGUCAUCGUGGUCUUAGUCAUCUAUAUUUGGAAAGUAGUGAUAAAUUAUGCGUUCGAAAAAUCCGGAAGAAAAAGAAGUUUGUCAAGUAUUAAAGGGAAGGACCUUGAAGCUUACGAGGAUGCUAAUCCGAUUGAUGACGCCUCAAAUGUACGAGUCCUUGAGUCAGUCAAGCCAAGAAAUGUCGAAAAAGAACUUUACGAAACAAUCUGUGAAAACAAAGACGAAGGAGCUAUCACCCACCUUACGUCCACUCAUCCUGCUGUUGGUGCUUUGGCUGUAAAUGAGAUGACUACACGAAAAUCGUCAGGCCGUGCACGUAGUGAAGACUCCGUAACUUCAUUACCACCACAACAUUACCAAGAUCUUGCAAAUCUACCCAAGAUGCCAUUAUACGAGCCUCUUAAUAAACGCAACACUAAGCAAAGAACUGAUGUGGCGGAUGAUCCAAGAACAUACGAACAACUGGAGCAGAAUGUGGCAGGAAGAGAGUAUCAGUCGUUGCAAAUCAUCCCAAACAAAGAAGAUAGCAAAGUGUGAUAUUUUUUGUGUUUGAUCUCGAGUCCAAAGUAUUAAAGAAACUUGGUUAAGUCUUCAAUAUUAGCAAUUCAAGUGUGUUUUUCUUUUGUUACAAGCUGUGCAGCAUUUUUUUUUUUGACAGAAAAAUGGAGAAAUUGAAGGCACAAAUACUAGACCAUCAAUCCUUCAGUCAAAUAUCUUGACAGUACAGGAUCGAGCAAUGAUGUAUAAAUUAGCAACUUAGCUUCAUUCCAAAUAAAAACAACAACAACAUACAA